UAGGUAAAGAUUUGGGCUCGGUAAUUAAACCACCAAUGUCCUAGGUUAUCCUGUGUUGUCCCGCGCGAGACAUUCGAAAAUGUUGCAUUGGGAAAGUGGAGAUUAAAUUAUACCAAGAAUUGCAAAGAAUUAUGAAUGGAAUGAAAUCGAAAGAGUUUACUGGCGAUCAAAGUGUUUUAGGAGAAUGUACGAUCUUCUAGGAUAAUGAGAUUGCAUCAGGUUUUAACAGGUGCUGCGAAUACCUCGGAGAAUCAAGCUUCCGUUGGCUAUGGUUCCGUCGAAGAUUACCCCUUUAUUGUGUAUAGUUCAGGUUGUGAUGUUGUGAUCUUAGACAGUAAGUUUCAACGUGUCCAGAUUGUAACCAGGCAGUGUGCCGCAAGCAACCAUGUUGGACUAAUAUCAUGCUCAGAAACUGAAGGAAAGAUAGCUGUAGCCUAUGAAAACAAGAUCAGGAUAUUUUGUCCAAAAACAACUGAAACUAGCUCUCAAAACAAGACCUUACCUUUCCAAUGGUUAUUGGUUUCCACAGUGACAACAAAUUACUCCUUGAAUUGCUUAUCAUGGGACAGAGAUGGAAAGAGACUCCUAACAGGUGGCAAACUGCUAGAAUUAUGGAUUGAGUCGGAUCAAAGUACGGUGGAUGACAUUAUAUGGAAGAGCAUUUGGAAAUGUGAAACACCAACUCCAGUGUACUAUAUUGAGUUCUCAUCUGAUGGAGCUUACUUUGCCUCUUGUGGGAAGAAUGAUUGCCUCGUCAAAGUUUGGUUUGACAUUGAUAAAGAUGACGCAAUUGCAACAAGAAAUGAUGAUGAUAAUGAUGAUGGAGCGCCAUUUUACGACUUCCUGUAUAUUCCACACCCUCGUCCAGUUACUGGAAUAUCUUGGAGAAAAACAAGCCCUUUUAUGAUGCGAAACUGCAUUGCAAACGUGUUGCUGACGUCGUGUGUGGAUAAUGUUUGUCGUAUAUGGUGCGAGACUUUGGAACAGAAAUCGAUACGGGAUUCCUCGGACAGUCUCAGCCCGAGCCACUGCGAGCGACAUCGUUUUAUACCUAAAUCAAAAUACAUAACCCAUGAUGUCUCCACAUACGAUUCCUACGACGUUCAAACCAGCCAUCAUUUCCACAUCGCCGCAAGCAUCGAUCCUGCCAAAGAUAUUCCAGUCAUGUCCACGGUGACCUAUUUCAGCGCUUCAGAGAACCACAGUUCUUUUGUGCUUCAUUGGGUCAACAAUAAAGAAAUGUAUAUGACCUCAAUAGCUAACUUAUUGCUAGGAUCUCCCAGCGUCACUGUUGAAGCGGAAAACGGAGAAAGCGAAAUAUCAACUGGAAGUGAAAGCUUGGAUGGUAGUGCUUUUAUUAAUCUCGUAGGAGAUGAAGACGGUGACGAAUUUGAUCAGUUUGAUAAUGAAAUUACAGUACCAAUGGCAUCCUUUCCUCCAAAUGAAAAAAUCUUCUUGAAAGACGAGCCUGAAGAACAGAACAACAAUCUUUUAUCUCAGUUCAACUCACUUCUUCGUGAUUGGCAGAACUCUCAUGAUUCCUUGCUCGCAAUCAAUCCUGCAGACGGCUCAUUGCUCAUGUUUGUUGUCGAGUCGCUGGACUGUUCACUAGGCGCAGAUUUUAAACAAUGCCAGAUCAGUUUCUCUUCUUGUAUUCCAGACGUAUUUCCGUCAGCUGAUGCUCACUCUUUGUUACAGAACAUCAUCUUAUAUCGUUUACCAGGCAAGCUAAGUAUGCAGACUGCUAAUCCUGCGGAACAGUAUAGUCUUUACACUCACAGUCGGUCAACCAAAGCCUCAGUUUUAGGCCAAACUUCGCCAAGUUUAUCCCUGGUUUCUGUCGAAACUGGCGCGCACCCGCCUGUGGCAAUGAUAACCACGCACAAAGACGGAUCUAUGAAUCAAUGGCAGGUUGAUUUCGCUGACGACACGGCAUUUUCUAUGGUCAUUUCAUUCUCUCAUUUAACUCGUUUGUCAGGACAUCGUUUCCCGCUGACCGGUAUGUUUCCGCAUCCGUCCUUGCCACUUUUGUUGUCUGUAUCAACGUUCACUGGUAAAAGUAGUGACGAGAUGGUUGCAAACGGGGGGACUGGCUCUGAUUGCAUAGGGAACGGGGGGUGCGAAGACACAAGGAAAAAUGAAGAUGCAACAUCCACUUCGAAUGAUUUUAGUUUCAGUGAACUUAUUCUAUGGCAAUGUGAUAGCGUGUUUCCACUUUCGCAAACGGGAGGGAUCAUGGAACUCGCAAAACUGACCUCAACUGCGCCGGAUGCGUUUGACAAAAUUGCUUGGCUGCCGAAACUUUUUAUUCACACUCUGUUAACAUUCGACAGUUCAGUUGCAGUGUCACCGAGGUCAGUUUCACCUUGUGCUUGUUUUGUUGCCUCCGAUGAUACUGGCCUGCGGUUCUACCAGGUUGUCUUGGACGGCCAAGCUCUGCUGGAUUUCUUAUCUGGAAAACAAAACUACAGACGUGGGCUAGAGCGGUUCAAUAGUUUUGACAGUGAGGACGGCGAAGGAUAUCACACGAGUUAUCCUGCUGUAUCCACUGUGAACCAUUUGUUACACUGCAUAGUCAGCGAUCAAUCUGGUCCAAAACCAGGAAGUGUCUUGAAACUUUGCCGUCUCAAAAGCUCGCGAAAUGUACUCAAAGAUCCAUUAUUUCUCCACGUAUUCUCAGAACAUGCGAUUGUUGAGGGAUGUUUAUCCGGUGGGACAAAAUGCACUCAUGAUGAUAUGUUUGAAGAUAAUUUUUAUCUAGUUGCUCUAGAGAGCAAUCAGACUUCCUCUGGUGCUCGGACAAUGAUUCACAUGUGGAGAAUCGAGAUCACCGCGAGUGAUACAGACGAUAGUGAAUCCACGAGUGAUGCUCCGUUUAGCCCGCACGAUAUCCCACAGGUGUCUUCAUUCUCAGACUUUCAGGAGCACCAAGAACACCUUAAAUGCGGGAUAAGAUCACGUAAAGUACUGACGUCAUAUCUCGAUCUUCCCGAUGGCGUGUAUGUUACUAUAGCAACAUCAUCUGCGAACACGUUAUCAACGGUUUCGGAAAACCGAGUAUGUUCAUUGCCGUUCCUAAUUACGACGACAUGUUCCGACGGCGUUUUACGAUUUUGGUCCUGCGAAGUUCAAGAUUCUUCAGACUCGGAGUGGAGUUACACUUGGACCGAGUGCAGUAUCAAGAAGCCUGGGCAUGGAUUUCAGACUUCCGAAACGCCUUUGGGUAUUGAUGGGAUUCCUGUCUCUGUGGAUUGUGCCAAUACUGGCAGAGUUGCGGUUGUUGUACGCAAAGAUGAGAUGAUAGCAAAUGAAACGCAAACCAACUUCAGUGUGGUUGUAUGGGAAAGCGAGUCGAGUGGAAACACGGAAUGGGUCUUGGAAGACUCAUUUCGGAUCGACGAAUCAGAGAGCAGUUCCGACAAUGCUCAACAGGCAUGCGCACUCUGGUUUUCAUGUGAAAAUGGUCUAUUUGUGUUGGUGGUCAACAUCGGUAGUUUGAUCCACCUGUAUAGUCAAGAAGGGUCAAUAAAUCAUCGCUAUAAAAAGAUUACCACAGUUGAGACCAGUAGUGGUGCCACACCCAGUGAACUAGGAGUUUUCAUUUCAUUUGUACGCCGCGGUUUGCUCGUCGUGGGGAUUGGUUACGAAGUUCACGUUUACUCCCAGUGGAAGGACGAGAAAUCGAGCGAUAAAGAUCUGCGCUCCGAUGCUCUCCGAGGUCCCGGAUUAUUUAACGAGGUUCUCCGACGGAAUCCGACUCUGCCCCAGUACCAUCCGAAGUAUCUGAUGGAAUUACUGGACUUUGGGAAAUUAAGAAGAGUCCGCGCUAUUUUGAAUCAUUUGGUUCGUUGUGUUGCGGGCGAAGAGGCGAUACAAGAAGCGUUGCAUCACGAUGAGGAUACAUCAAGAAACAGAACAAGAAGUGUUAUCAGUACAUUGAGUCGAACAACGUCUUUAUCAGCGACACCGGUUGAUACUCCGGCUAAAACUGGCGAGAUGGUUCAUCGCCCGAAUGUUGACUGUAUUCCUCCAAUACCAAUCUUUGAUUUACUCGCGGCUGACAACGAUGACAGUGGAAACACUCAUAGAGACACCACGAAUGUGGACACAAACACAACCAGCGAACAACCAGACGAAAAUGAUUACAGUGAAUUGUUUAGCAAUUCUUUUAAGAACAGCUUCGAGUCUACGGAAGUUUCCGACCACUUCCCGAUCGUUCACAGUUCGAGAGCUCCAAUGAGCCCAGUCCAUUUUGGUUUAGCGCAAGCUGGGUUACUUUCUGAACAUCUCAGCAAGAAACAGCUUCCCGGCCUGACAAGAAUUGAACAACUUGAGCUUCAGGCUCUCGCCGAUACUCUUGCUACGACCAAAACAGACCUGGAAGAGAGCACGUCGGAAAUUAACAGAGGAUUGAAGUUUGCACGAAAAUGCGAUCUAGCCAAAGAUGGAGUCACUGGCUUCAUGGGUGGUCCUAGUGGCGGGGGUGGUGGGUAUGCUACGACGGGAAGUAUAGGAGCAACUGAGGGUAGUGGGGGUGAUGCUGUUGAUGAAUGUGGAUUGAGAUUCCUAUUAGCAAUGAGGCAUCAUACUUGUCUACUGAGGUCCUUACCGCUCCUACCAAGAGCUCAGCUUGAGCGAAAAGGUCUCUCGACCUCCAAGCUUGUGUGGGCAUUUCACUCUGAGACACAAGAAGAACUGCUCGCAAUGCUUCCUGGGAUGAUCAGGGGGGAGCCAAUCUGGAGUGAAUUGAGACAAUAUGGCGUCGGGUGGUGGAUCAAGAGUAACGAAACUUUGAGAAGACUCAUUGAAAAGGUGGCUAAGACACAGUUCAAUGCGAAACAAGAUCCUAUGGACUGCUCUCUCUACUACAUGGCCAUGAGAAAGAAAACUGUGCUUCGAGGAUUAUUCAGGACCCAAGGUGACACGCGAAUGGCGACGUUUUUCGGGAACAAUUUCAGCGAAGAAAGAUGGCGGAAAGCCGCCUUGAAGAACGCGUAUUCUUUAUUGAGCAAGCAGCGUUUUGAACACGCCGUUGCAUUUUUCCUCCUUGCUGACGCAUUGUGGGAUGCAGUACGUCUUUGCAUCAGUCAUCUUAAGGAUCUACAACUGGCGUUAGUCAUCGCGAGGUUGUACAAUACCGAUGCUGAAAAUGUGAUUUAUAAACGAGUUCUUAAUGAAUAUGUCUUAGGACAAGAAGAGGGGAAUUGUGAGGAAAAACAAGAUCCGUUCUUACGCAGCAUUGCUUACUGGGUGACGAAGAACUACCACAAGGCAUUGCGAACUCUCUUACUAGAGCCAGGCUUUAGCUUUGAUGAAAUGAAAUACAACAAACUUGCCGCGUCAGGCAGUCCUGAUAUAUUCAAUUUCUACGUGUAUCUCCGAACUCAUCCCGUCCUACGACGAACACAGUUCGAGAAACACACGAAAGCGGGAACUCCUCGACUUCGGCGAAAGGCUUUUCAAGUUACUCGUCAGCAAAGCGUGAGCGAAGUGGUUAUGUUGGCAUUACCACCGACAGCGUUUGAACGACGGUUAUAUUACAUGACAGCUCAUAAUCAUUAUAAUGCUGGAUGUCCAGACUUAUCAUUACAAGUAUUGUUGGAUCUACCUCCCCCUGAAAGUGAUGACAACCGGAAAAGCGACACAUUUUCCACCAAUGAAUCGGAAGAAAAUUCUGCGGACAAAAAUGAAAACAUGAUUAACACCGGCAGACUUGAUAUUGACUGGAGUGAACCUGUUUCAUCGAAACUUCAAAAUGAUGGUCAAAGCAGUUCAGAUUUUGAUUGGAGUCAGCCUGUCUCCAGUAAACUUAGCGAGAAUAAAGAGAAAAGCUCCGAUCUUGAUUGGUCUCAACCUAUUUCAAACAAACUUGGAGGAAGCGGGCAAACUAGCUCAAGUUUUGACUGGUCUCAGCCCGUAGCGAGUUCUCUGAGCGGUUCUCAACAAGCUAGCAACCAACUUGAUGAUAACUCGUCAAAUUCUGGUUUCGAUUGGGGUCAACCUGUGUCUGCCGUUUUAGGAGGAACGGGUCUAGGAGAUACCUCGUAUAAGGCAGAGUUUAAUAGUGUAACUGACGAUGGUUCUUUGAAUUCCGGUAGUGCGUCUGAAGACAAAGAACUUCAUUUAAAUGACAGUGAAGGACCAAAUGAAGGCCUUGAUAGCUUGAAAGCUGGUGCUGAUGAACCUUUGAAUAACGAGGCAAUUUCCCAGAGACUCAAAUUUAGAGCUUGUCUGAAGCUAGUUGUCGAGGAACUCUGUACAUUACCCCAUCACUGUGAGAUCCAUAAUAAAGACUUAAGAUCAACUUUUACCCAGUGGCUAAAGAAAGAGUUAGACCUUAUUCAUCGCAUCUGUGAUUAUAAACGAGAUGGAGCAAAAUCUGGCUCGACAGGACCUUUGAAAGUUAGUACACCGACAGCACUUGAAACAGUGUCUGACGAGUCUUUUAGCGAUCUGGUCGCUGAAACGGCAAACGAGAAAAAUAAUUUCGCCAAAAAAGUUGAGAUUUCUGCUCAACAUAUUGAAUGGUUAAAAGAAAAUCAGAACUUAUUGAAUAUUUUAUUGAAUUACUGCACACUACACGGCGCUUGUGGUGGAGAUGUUGCAACGAUGAAAGUUGAACUUCUGAUAUUGAUUCACGAAUUGGAGCAACAACGUCAUCUCAUGUCACCGCUUUACCUUACAUCAGCCGGCUCAUCAAUACCCCCUCUUAUCCUUGCUACUAUGGUAUCCACUUUUUCGCUUGGCGCCAGUCCCUUUACCUACCUCUCGUCCAUGACUCAAGAUAUACUAAAGUAUCUCACGAAAUUACCAGGCCCUCCCAGUCCAUCGCAACCUUUGGAGAUGAUCUCAGUGUUGCGAAGCAUGAGUGCCACUCUGUCGGCGUGUGUUUUUCAAAGUCUAGUUUGUGGUCGAGAGGAAAACGAUGGCAGAGAAGCCAGCCCCACAUAUAAUCGCUCCGAAAGCCCUCAACAUUUAGGCAGUAGACAAAGGCCUACCUCAUCUCCUAACAAAUGGCCUGGUGUUCGUCUCUUACGUUCCCUACUUAUCACCGAAGCCAAGGAUAAUGCAUUAAAACUCAAGGUUUUGUUGUGUGAGAUAUGCGUAGCAAUCUACCUGAGCUUACUGGCAAUAGCUUGGUGUGAGAAUGAUCCAAAUCAACUAUACUACAUCAUAUGCAACAACCUGACCGCUGAGAUGUGGGGAAUUACCUUCGGUGGCGGGCGCAAGGUGAAGGAGAAAAGACCGCUGAGCCCUGACGACAGUAGACGUCAGUCAUCAUCGCCAUCACCACAAGCGCAAGGUGUCGACUGGGCUGCUAAACGAAGACAAUGGAAUUUCAAACUGCUGCAAACUCCUACGAAGGUUGUGAAUAAACCAGAAAAGAAAGCAAGUGAGAAUGAAGAAUUUUUACCACCGCAGUUGUCACUAAUGGAAUAUUUCCUACGAAAGCCUAAGGAGGAUCCAAGAAAAUCAUUUCAUUUCGACUCUGAGGGUUCAUUAUCGUCAGACUCUGAGGAAUCUGAUGAUGCAUUUGAAGAUGAAAAAGGAAGAACGAUUGUUAAAAUGAAAGACAAGAAGAUCAAACCUACGGACCAUUUGGAUCCAAAAUCGUUCAGCUGGAAAUUGUUAAAUUACUCAAUUAGUGCUUUGUUAUGUCACGAUGUUAAUCUUUUUCUUGCGGAUGUUGGCCUGGAAGUUUCAGAUAUGCCGACGGUUUCUCCACUUCUUCACUCGGCUGUUAAAAUGCUUGAUCAUUGGAAACAAGUGUUAUUCUCAAAGUUAAAGAAAUGUGGCCCAGCACCUGCCAACUACAUCAGUCUCUACGCAGUUGGUCAAGAUGAAUACCCAAGAGGGGGACCAACAUUAAUGAAAUAUAAAGCACUUAUUGAUCCAACUAAUACACCGUUUAGAUCCACAAGCGCAGCUGCAAAUCCGGUGAAAAGAUUAUGGCAUACACUUGUAAUCAAAGAGCAACUACAAAAGAUAUUUCUUGACUUUGCCUUCGGUGAAAGUUCACACAAAUCUGAAAAAUCUAUUGGUUCAGUUGAUGAAACAGACGGCGAAGAGGAGGACUCCCAAUCCAAGGUUCUUUAUAAAGAUUCCGAAGCGAUUAACUCGUUUUGUAUUAGCAAGACGAACUCUAUGCGGGUUGUUGUGGCUACGAUGCGAGAUGUUCAAGAACUAGAUAUUUCUAGCGCGAUGGGGAUUUCCCGGACGUUUUAUGUCGAUGAAAACGUGAACUCUGAUCCCGAAAACAGCGGUCAGGAGGAUUAUACAAUGAUUUACAAUGGAGUAGAUCCAGGUCAGGCUGGUUUUCUUGGCGCUGGAAUGUCCGCACAAUCUGGUGUUGGGACAUCUGUGAUGUUUAAACGGAAUAUAUCAGGAAUAAAAAGGCUGGAAGAGCAUCCAAAUUUACACUAUUAUCUUGCUGGUGGCCAUGAUGGAAGUCUGCGCAUUUGGGAGUUUGGGCAUGAUCGAGAAAUUGCCACGUAUCGUGAGAGCGGGAAGUAUCAACGUGUCACGAAAGUUCAUUUUAGCGAGCACGGAUGCAAGUUUGGUGUGAUUGAUUUUGGCGGCCAACUCUCGUUGUACCAAUGUGUAAAUACAGCAAAAACCUCAGCGUUUGCAACAUUAAAAUGUCAUAACAAACAAGGAAAUGAUUUUGCCUUUCUUGGAUCAACCAGCCUUCUUGCAACAGCAGGAUACUCCAGCGAUUUAAACAACGUCUGCCUCUGGGACACUCUACUUCCUCGCUCAUCCUCACUUGUUCACGGUUUCAACUGUCAUGAAACUGGCUCGCUUUGUCUAGUUUAUGUUCCUGGUAAAAGGCUCCUGUUAUCUGGAGGACGUAGAGGUGGUGUCUGUAUAUUUGACUUACGUCAACGGCAGUUGAUGCAGAAGUUCACUGCGCAUGACAGUGACGUCAAGAGUAUAGCGGUGGAUGAGAGUGAGGAAUUCUUCGUGACAGGAUCUCUUGAUGGUGAUAUUAAGGUCUGGAAUCUUCUGGCUCAUAAGGAACUCUUGUCGUACCCGGGUGAGCACGGGAAGAGCAAUUAUCAACUUAUAAAGUUGGGUACACAGGGGGUACCUCGGGUGUGUCUUCAACCAGGGGGGGAAAUGUAUUCGUGCGGAGGAGAUGGCACCCUGAAAUGGCGGCAAUUACCCCUGAAAAAUUUGACUGUAAAUUCACCAUUUUAGUAGCCGUAGGUAGAAAUUAAUUUAAAGAUAAAUUGAAUAUGUCGAUUGAGAUUCUCUUAUGCAUCAAAUGAACGCAAAGAAAUUGUUCGGCUUCGAAAAUUAUUUAUGGACAGACAAGAUUUUGUGAAGUAUUUGAGUGAUCUAAUCUUGAGAGGAAGUCGAGCAUUGGUGAAGAUCAAGCAAAGUCAUGACGCAAACGAUAAGAUUUGAAAUGACUGAAAUCCUCAGAAAUGGAUGUCUAUGGGAUUUAGAGGAAGUUCAGUGAAGUAGUGGGUACCCAAUGGAGGAACAAUAGUUGAUGUGACGAAAGGAACAUGUUUACUCGUCUCUUCUCUACAACUACGUGCUGUGCGAACAAAUAAUCGAGCCAAUGCAGUUUGAACUCUUAUCAAAACAAAUUUAAUACAUGACUAACAAUCAUUCUCCUUCACCAGCAAAUAAAAUAUAGUUAUAUACAUAUUUAAUUACAAUGCAGAAAGACCUCGCAAACAUC